GGUCGUGUUUUAGUAUCCGGGUCACGAGGUCAAUCUCCGGCGGAGCACAGUUAGCAUGAAUAGAUGUUGACAGGAGCAGUCCUCUCUGCAAAGACACCAGCGUGUAGUUUUCUUUCCUUCUCGGACUCUUGACGUGUGGAGAAUGUCCGGGUUUCAGGAUCUGACAGUGUUUCCUUUAGACGUCCAGCAGCUGCCACUGAGUAAAGAAGAUUUUCACCAUGAGCAGCAGGAGAGGAGCUCCAGUCUGGACCAAGAGGUCACUGAGCCCCUUCACAUUAAAGAGGAACAGGAGGACCUGUGGAGCAGUCAGGAGGGAGAGCAGCUUCAAGGACUGGAGGAGGCUGAUACCACCAAGUUCACCUUCACCCCUGUCUCUGUGAAGAGUGAAGAUGAAGAGAAACCUCUGUCCUCACAGCUUCAUGAAGGGCAAGCUAAAGAAAUGGAAACAGGGGCUGAUGAAGUGGACUGUGGAGGACCAGAACUAGCCAGGGGCUCAGAUCCAGAGAGACUUUUCCAACCAAAGACUGACAGUGCUUCAGAAGCUGAGACUGAUGACAGUGAUGAUUGGAGAGAGACCAGAGACAAUCAUUCAAAUUUAAAAUCUGUGAAAAACUUUAACAAUAAGAGACCAAAGACUGAUAAGAAAUCACAAGUUUGCUCUGAGUGUAGUAAAACAUUCAAAACUAAACGUGAACUGACAACACACAUGUUCGUUCACACAGGAGAGAAACCCUUCAGCUGCUCUGAGUGCGAGAAAAGAUUCAGCCAUAAAGGGGAUCUAACCAGACACAUGUCGGUUCACACCGGAGAGAAACCCUUCAGCUGUUCUGUUUGCAGUAAAAGAUUCAGCCAUAAAUGGGAUCUGACCAAACACAUGUCAGUUCACAACGGAGAAAAAACCUUCAGCUGCUCUGAGUGCAGUAAAAUAUUUAGCUUCAAAUGGCAUCUAACAGCACACAUGUUGGUUCACACAGGAGAGAAACCCUUCAGCUGCUCUGUUUGCGGUAAAAGAUUCCGCCAUAAAGGGGAUCAAACCAAACACAUGUUGGUUCACACAGGAGAGAAACCCUUCAGUUGCUCUGUUUGUGGUAAAAGAUUCCGCCAUAAAGGGGAUCAAACAAAACACAUGUCGGUCCACACAGGAGAGAAACCCUUCAGCUGCUCUCUUUGCAGUAAAAGAUUCAGCAGAAAAGGGCAUCUAACCACACACAUGUUGGUUCACAGCGGAGAGAAAACCUUCAGCUGUACUGAGUGCGGGAAAAAAUGUGGCCUAAAGGGGAAUCUAACAAAACACAUGUUAGUUCACACAGGAGAGAAACCCUUCAGCUGCUCUGAGUGCAGUAAAAGUUUUAGCUUUAAAUGGCAUCUAACAGCACACAUGUCGGUUCACACAGGAGAGAAACCCUUCAGUUGCUCUGUUUGCAGUAAAGGAUUCAGCAGAAAAGGGAGUCUAACCAAACACAUGUCGCUUCACACCUGAGAGAAACUCUCAGCUGCUCUGCUUGUGGUAAAAGCUUUAAAGGGGAAAGAAGUCUUCAGAGCCAUAUUGUGAGACUUGACUGCUUUCAACAAGGUGAAAAUGUCCCUGGAUCUCCUCAGUUAAAAGAACACAAAUGUACUGAGUUCAGGCACAAGAGCUUAAGGCGGGUAAACACUACAGGAUAA